AUGCGGUGUGGCAACUUCCAUGCCAGUAAAGAUGGUGGCGCCACGUGGAUAGUCCAGCUUCCAACCGCAGGUGUUAGAUUCCUGCCGGAGGCAGAGACCCUUCUGGAGAAAAGCGGCCUGCCCAAGCUGACCGACUUCUACCGGGCGCUCGUGGAUGCCUAUCCAGGCUUUCAUGUGCCCCUGGCGAAGCUGCUCACACAGAACCUGCGUGCCGCAGGGGUCUCCGGGCUAACGUCGUCUUCCAGCGAUUCAGACUCCGAGGAGAAGAAGAAAAAGAAGAAGAAGAAGAAGAAGCUGAAGAAGGAGGCCAAGAAGGCCGAGAAGCGCAAGAAGGAGAUGGCCGCGGGAGACAAGGAAAAGGAGGAGGAGGAGGAGGAGGAGGAAGGCACGAAAGCCAAGAAAGCGAAGGGCCUUGCCGAGGCCGUCGAUGUCAAGACGUGCACUGCCCAGGAGGUGGAUGAUGAGCUGCUGAAAGAGUUGGAGUUCGAGAAAAGAAGGACGAGACCUCAGAAGUAG